AAUUGUAACGUAAAAUUCACUGUGAAAUUCGUAAAAUUUAAUGAAUCGUUUCGCAGUUUACACCGAAUUUAGUAUUUUAUCUUAUACGGAAAUGGCUGGCUAAUUGAUAUCCGUAUUUGAUUCGACGUUGAUAAAUAAUGUAUUUGGCUUUCACAUUGUCUUUUUUUUUUUUUAUUUGCGUGUAUAUAUGAAAAUGUAACACGUCAAUGCGUAUUUAAUUUUAGAACAUAAAUUAAUUGAACCGUGACCAAAUUAUUUCUUCAGAAGCACGCAUACAUACACACACACGUAUAUGGUAUUCUACAAACACCAUUCCUUGCCACUCCAAAACAAAGAUAGCAGAGUAGUGAAGAUCUGUGACGUGACACAAUCAAAACAUAUUUGGAAUUGACAGUUUCCCAAAUAUUUCUCUUUUUCUUUUCUUUAUCAGCUAAUACAAACAUUACAAUAAUGUUAUCAAUCUAACAAGAGAAAUUUACAUCUUCCGCAAUUAUAUGUACAAGAAAUAAACACAUCCCUCAAAUGGAGCGUGUUUUGAAAGCUGUACCAGCAGACUUAAGAGUAAAAAUGGAGGCACUUGUGCAUGAUUUAACUUUGGCAUUAGAAGAAAGCAACAGCAGUGCAAAUGUGAGACGCAGAUGGGGUAUUAGAAGAAGGGCCCGCUCCACAGGCAAUAUUCCAUCACUUCAUAUGAACAAACAAUCAGAUGACAGUUCAUCUUCUAUUUGUGACAUUCAUGUUCCAAAAAGUAAUACUGCCUCUAAAUACCAGUCUGAUAGUGACGAUACCAAUCAAACAAAAAGAUUUGCACGCUUUUCUAAUUCAAAUAAUGCUAGUAACAUUGAAAGCGAUUCGGUUAAUGAAAAUUUUGUACCUAGAGUAAAUCCACGAAGAAAACGGAAAUUUAAAAGAAUGUCUAUUGACUCUGAUUCUAAUCCUUCAACCUCUCAGACUGUUGUAAUGUCAGCAACACUUACAAAUAAAAAGAGAAUUCUCCGUAGUGAUUGUAAAAAUAGAUAUGGAACAAUAUGGUGUGGGAAACGUAAAAGGUCUUGUAGGGAACGGUCUACAGAUUGUGGCAUGAGGUCAUUAAAACCAAACAGAAAUACAAAAUCAAAAAAUCGCAUCAAAAUGCAAACUGAAGAUGGUAUUGAUUGCUCAAGAAUAUCCAGUUCAAGCAUUUCAUCUAGUGAUUCAGAAGCUGGACUUAUCACAAAUGACGAAGAUCGCGAAGGAGACGAUGAACAAUCAGAUUGGAUUGGAGAACCAAGCUGGUGGGACGAUGGUGAAAGUGCCAAUGAAGAUAAAGUUAAUACUGAUUCACCAUUCCAAGUGAUGAUACAUGGAAAUUUUGAACAUACUACAAUUGAAGCCAGGAAAAGUUACAGAAAAAGAAUUCAAAGAAUUCGAGAAGGUCUCAGUGGAAGAGAAAUCCGUGCUGGCCGACGUCAUGUUGACAAUAAACCAGGAUAUUCGAUUAUCACGUCAGCCAAUGAAAAAGUCUCUAGAUUUUUACAAGAUCCUACACAGAAUGAACUUAGAUUACAUCCUAUGCGACAGCCUGAACGAGAAAAACUUCGUCGGCUUGCAAAUUUGUACAGUUUAAGUUUAAAAGGAGAUUUAGGUUGUCCAAUCUUAUAUAAAACUCGGCAUACUACGCAAGCCAUUUGCGUAGAUCAAGUAUCAUUUAACCGAUUUUCUGGUUACAAAAGACUAAGAAGAACUCCACCAAAUUCACCUAAUUCAGAAUUAAUGAUACAUAAUCAAGAGCAUCAAAUUUCUAAUACAGGUUCACAAAUCUUAAGUCCUACAUCAAAUUUAGAUUCAUUACAAACUUUACCACAAUUCUCUCAUUUCAAAUGGGAUUCAAAUAGCAUGGAUAUUGAAAUUCAUGGAAAACCGAAAUCGCAUGAUUUUGAUCAUUCAAAAUCAAGUUAAACCAAAUAAUGUUUCAAAUUUGUUUCAUGAAAUAAAUUAUUUAUAUGUA